AUGGACGGGGCUUCCGGCGCCUUCGCGGUGGUAUCCGUGACCCUUCAAUUAGCAGAUACCGUUCAGAAGGCGGCGCAAUUCUUGAAAAAGGUCAACAGCGCGUCUCAUGAUCUCUCUCGGCUCAUAAAUUCUACAAUUCUACUAUCUCAAAUCUUAGUAUAUGCAGAUGAAAUCGUCACGAGGCAGAAAGCAAUCUCGCCUUCCUCAGGUGCAAUUCCAGCCAUCGAGAAUGCUGUGGAAGAUUGCGAAAGGCAUGUUGGGGAGCUCAAUAGUAUUUUGAAGCGUUUUGAGAAUCUUCAACGCCAAAGAAACGGUAUGCGAAGAAAAAUGAGCCGGGUACAAUUCGUCAUCAAAGAAGAAGACAUCGAAACCUGUCGAACUAGGGUUCAGGAAAGCUACAACCUUUUACAGAAUGCGAUCAUAAUCAAUUCAUCUCUUGUUCUCCUAUCAGACGUGCACAUUACUCGUCCAAUGAACACACUGACCCUCGCCAUCAACGACGCUGAAUACCAAUCAAUGAAACCCACUAAGGUUGAAAUGCCUAGCCAAGACUCUUCUCUUUGCAACACCUCCCUAGAUCACAUAAGGACUCAAGGUAUUUCAACCGAGCAAAGAAGUGUGAGGAUAUACGAAGGCAUAUUCGGAUCAGUCGAGAUUCGCAACAAGACUAAAUCGCUGAAAUCCUCGCCAGACGGGUGGGCUCACACUGUUUCGCAACAAAAGAGCUUUUAUAUCAUGUGCUCAUUUUUUAGAACUGCUCUCGACAUACGCUUCAACAGCAGCUUUGGCUAUAUCUCGAGGAGCUUGAGAUACAUUCCUGUGCUCCCUUAUGGUUCGCCAGUCUUUGACAUGUGUAGGUCUGGUCAGCUUGAAAGAUUACAAGCGGCUUUCACAUGUCAACAGAUAUCGCCAUUUGCAACUGAUCAGUGGGGCAACACCCUCCUGCAUUAUGCAGCCCGUGGCUGCCAGACAAAUGUUGGUGCGUUGCUAAUCAGACUCGGCGUUGAUCCAGAGCUUCAAAAUCAUUUCUCCCUGAAGGCUCUUGCAUGGGCUACCGAAGUCAAAUCAAUUUAUGAAAGGACUACAGACGUCUUCCCAAUUUAUGAUAUCAGUCGGGAACAGCGGCAGGCUAGCAUGUUACGCCUUCUAGUGACAGCUCAGGGUGGAAUUACAUACGAAGACAGGCAGACAUUCGAAAGCAAGUUUUGUGGCUCUCCGGAAGGGGCUGAAGUCUUCCAUUCGAGUGAGAUCAUGUCCGAGCCACUCGAUGAGUAUGACUACUGGUGGUAUCCGCCGCUAGUUUUUGCGGUCUUUCGCUAUAGCAACGGUCAAAGAAAGUGGGCACCUUACAUCAGUAAACUCCUCCGUCAAGGGGUCGAUGUUCACGAGUUGGCUUCGAAAUGGGAUCGAUAUAACUAUACGGCUCUCGAUUGGCUAUUCAUUUUCGCUGAAAGUCCACUUGCCUCCUAUGACACCGUCAGUGAUUGGCUAAGGCUACCAGAAGAAGCAGGCUACGAUAAAUUAGCAUACCUGCGCAAAGAAUCGGAUCUGCAUGCUCCACAACAAUACCAAACAUUUGAAAUGGCAGUUGAAGGUCAUCAACGCGUGCUACUAUUCCAGUUGGGCGAACUUUUAACCGUCACGUGGGAUUGGUUGGUUGAUCCAGAGCUUCCAGGUGGGCUUAUCUGCUAUGAGUUUAGACAUGCAAUUUUGCCACAAAGUACACUAAUAUAUACCCUAACCUGGGAGGAGCAAUGGCCAUUCUUCUAUCCUGAAUGGUUAAUGGGAGGUCAGAUCUUCCCAGAUCACUGUCGAACGCUCCUUACGAAUUGUCGGGUUGCCUCGUGGCACAAGAAGUAUGAUGUUGCCAUGCGACGUUCUGUCUACAAGGUCCAAAAAAAGCCGAGAAGCAAGAACGCAUCCAUGGCACCUAUCAACGACGGCGUCGAAUGCCUGGUACCUGGAUUGCAUGAACUUAUUUUGCCGCAUCAAACAUCAGCAUGA